GUCCUCACUGAAAAGUGGUUGAAAUCACAUAAACAGUUUACUUAAGGCAGGUUUUUUUCUUUGUUUAUACGCACUAACAUGACAUACUUGUGCUAGCUAUUAUAUUCAUCCUGGCAUCAUAUAUAUGUUUUUCUUUCAAUAUGUGAAAUUAUUCAUCCACUCAACAAAGGAACAAUUUAUGUGUAAACAGAAAAUGUGUCGUGUAGAAUGGCGAUAGAGAAAUCAUGAUGGCGCACGAGAUACAUUUAAAGAACAACAAAUACCGACAGUGGGUCAAGGCAGGCGUAGGCUUAGGUUACCUGAAAGAGGGACUAGCACCAUUUUGUGAUGACAUUGGAAAACAGCACCACAAAGAUAUUAUAAACCAAAUUCAAGUAACAAAGACGCCUAAACCAAAUAUACCAUGUGGCGUCUGUCAGAUAUCUACUCUCCAGCCAGACCACGUCCGAAUCUCAAAAGGAAUAUGUCCACUCAAGCAAGAUAAAUGUAACUGUUGCUUUCCAAAUAAUAAAAAACCAUGCCCAAACAACGUGUGUGGUGCCAUCUAUGAUAGCAUUAUACAGAAUCAUGCAUCAAUACCACCGGCACCUUUUUGGAAAAACAGCGAUCCCCAUGAUUGGUCCGUUGACCCAUGGAGUAUAUGUAAAUGUUUUAUAAAUGCUCCUGGGUACAAGGACAAGACGUCAGCAGUCGACAUGGACUGCACAGGGUUACUACAUGUUAUCAUAAAUAACAAAUACUUUCAUAAUCAUAUUGGAUGCAAUGUAACAGGACCAAAAAAUCUUUUUUCAAAGGUACGGCAGUACAGAAAUGAGAUUUUUCACUCCAGCAAUAUGGAGCUAGAGGAAAGGGUGGCAAACGCAUACAUUGAUGAUAUGAUAACAGUUUUACAAGAUGGAAAGGAGCUUCUACACCACCAAGCUGCUCAACAAGCUGUCGGGAAACUCCAAGAUUUAAAGAAUAAGGACUUCAUUGUUACUACGGAAGGCUUUGAAGAAAUGCUUAGACAAAUUAAAGAAGAAAUGUCAAAAGUUAUGAAAUCAACAGAAAAUGCUACAACUGAUUUGAAAGAGGAAUAUGACGAGCUUAAAAAUAAAUUAACGGACAUUGAAAGACAGAUAUCCAAAGGAGAAGAGGAGAAACAAAGACUCAAGGAAGAAGAUUCUUCUAAACAAAGAGAACUAGAAUAUGAAAAAGCUAAAUCAGGUAUGCUUAUAUCUCCUCUCCUAAUGCAAAGCGGUCUCCGUCCGUGUGUGCCUCCGCAAUAGCAAAAACAGGCGAGGCGCCAUCAAAAUGUAAACAUAACAAAUGAGGAAAAAUUAUAAUUCGUUAUAAAACAAUAGAGUAAAAAGCCAAUGACACUCUUAAACAAAAAUAAUAACAAAGGAAAUAAACCAUUUUCCUUUUUCAAUCGCCUGUGUAUUUGUCCGUCCUAUUUGUUUUAGAAACAGUAACAUUUACAAUGACCCCAAGGAGUUUCAAAAGCAAUCCCAGCUGGGGUCUUGAUUGUAGGCUUGCUAUAUGCCAAGUUUGAUAUUUCAUUCCUACUUCUAAUUAAUGUCCGAAAUUAUUUUACUUUUGUUUUCGUAAUAAAUAGUCACCUUGACCAAGGGUGGACCAAAAGCAAUAUCAUGAUUAAUUUUGGGUUAUGGGGCUACACGUUUUUGCACGGAGAUGCCAAGACAACAAGGCAGCAAUCAUUGUUGUCAAGCUAAAACAAACCAUUUCUAGCAAGACGUCUAUUAAGUCUGUAUGUUUAAUAAGCAAACAACAAUUAUGUAAUUAAUAUUUUUAACCAUCUGAAUUUCAUUUACCAAUAAGUCUGACACUUAAAUGUUUUUAAUUUUACUGCAAAAGUGCAUAUUACACUGGAUAAUAACGGGGCAUAAACAGUUUAUAUAAAUAUGUUUAUUAAUGGCUUGGAUAUUGUGCAUUUAUUAUCACCAAUGCUACUCUGGGACAUGUGUUACAUACUUUAGGAGGACAAAGAUACGAGACAACGCCCUCUUGUUUAUUUUGUAUCAUAGAUGUAACAUAGAACAUAUUUAGUGUUAAAUUAGCUUUAGCUGAUGAACAAUGUUAAUCACAUAUAUGUAUAUGUUAAUAAAACAUACAGAAGAA